AGAAUCGCGGGGUCAGAGAGAAGAAGAAAGCCAGACAACUAAGACAAGGUCGUUUCACAUCUACGCCCCCCCUUUCGAUAUGACUCGGUUUCGUCCUUGUAUCGACUUGCACGCGGGCCAGGUCAAGCAGAUAGUGGGAGGAACCUUGACUACCAAGCCUGGGGAGCUAAAGACCAACUUCGUCUCCGAGCUCUCUGCGGCCCAUUUCGCGAAGCUAUACAAAGAUAACAGACUAACGGGUGGCCAUGUUGUGAAACUCGGGUCGGGAAAUGAUGAAGCUGCGGUUGAAGCUCUAAAAGCCUGGCCAGGCGGUUUACAUGUUGCUGGUGGGAUUACGGAUAAGAAUGCGCAGUAUUGGUUGGAUGCUGGUGCCGAAAAAGUAGUUGUUACGUCUUACCUUUUCCCUGACGCUCGAUUCUCCAUCGACCGACUGCGGUCCAUUCUUGCCGCUAUAGGAGACGACAGGUCAAAACUGGUCUUGGACUUGAGCUGUCGGAGACGAGAGAACACCUGGUUUGUCGCCAUGGACAAGUGGCAGACAAUAACCAACAUGGAGAUAACUCAUGAGACCAUUAGCAUGCUCGAGCCUUACUGCUCUGAAUUCCUCAUCCACGCAGCCGACGUAGAAGGGUUACAGCAGGGGAUUGAUGAGGAGCUUGUGUCAAGGCUCGCGGAAUGGUGCACCAUUCCGGUCACGUACGCUGGUGGUGGACGAGGGAUAUCAGACCUCGAGCGGGUCAAGGAAAGAAGCGGAGGGAGGGUCGAUCUCACAAUAGGGAGUGCCCUUGAUAUCUUUGGGGGAUCCGGCGUGACCUUUGAGCAGUGUAUCGAAUGGAACAGGCUAAACGGUAGCUGA